AUGUCCGGGGACGGCGGCAGCAGGCACACAGCGGAGCUACGAGCGGAGCUUUACUUCCUCAUCGCCCGCUUUUUGGAGGACGGACCCUGCCAGCAAGCGGCUCAGGUCCUGAUCCGAGAAGUGGCGGAGAAAGAGCUGCUGCCCAAGCGUACGGACUGGACGGGCAAGGAGCAUCCCCGGAGCUACGAGAACCUGGUGAAAUAUUACAGACACUUGGCACCUGAUCACUUGCUUCAAAUAUGCCAUCGGCUUGGACCUCUUCUAGAGCAAGAAAUUCCCCAAAGUGUCCCUGGAGUGCAGACGUUAUUAGGAGCUGGCAGACAGUCUUUGCUUCGUACAAACAAAAGUUGCAAACAUGUUGUCUGGAAGGGAUCUGCUCUUGCUGCCCUGCACUGUGGGAGGCCUCCGGAGUCCCCUGUGAAUUAUGGCAGUCCACCCAGUAUAGUGGAUACCCUGUUUUCAAGAAAACUAAAUGGAAAAUACAGACUUGAGCGCCUUGUUCCAACUGCAGUCUAUCAACAUAUGAAGAUGCACAAAAGAAUUUUAGGACACUUAUCGUCUGUGUACUGUGUAACUUUUGAUCGGACUGGCAGGCGAAUAUUUACUGGAUCAGAUGAUUGCCUUGUAAAAAUCUGGGCAACAGAUGAUGGAAGGUUGCUGGCUACACUGAGAGGACAUGCAGCUGAAAUAUCUGAUAUGGCAGUGAAUUAUGAAAACACCAUGAUAGCUGCUGGAAGCUGUGAUAAAAUGAUCAGAGUUUGGUGCCUUCGAACUUGUGCACCCUUGGCAGUUCUUCAGGGCCACAGUGCAUCUAUAACAUCGUUGCAGUUCUCUCCACUGUGCAGUGGCUCAAAGAGAUACUUAUCUUCAACCGGGGCAGAUGGAACAAUAUGCUUUUGGCUGUGGGAUGCUGGCACCCUAAAAAUAAAUCCAAGGCCAACAAAGUUUACGGAACGCCCUCGACCUGGAGUCCAAAUGAUCUGUUCUUCUUUUAGUGCUGGUGGAAUGUUUUUGGCCACUGGGAGUACAGAUCACAUCAUUAGGGUUUAUUUCUUUGGAUCAGGUCAGCCAGAGAAGAUAUCAGAGUUGGAGUUUCAUACUGACAAAGUUGACAGCAUUCAGUUUUCUAAUAGUAGUAGCAGAUUUGUAAGUGGGAGCCGCGACGGAACAGCACGAAUCUGGCAGUUUAAGCGAAGGGAAUGGAAGAGCAUUUUGUUAGAUAUGGCUACUCGCCCAGCAGGACAAAGUUUACAAGGAGUUGAAGAUAAAAUCACAAAGCUGAAAGUGACCAUGGUGGCAUGGGACCGCCAUGACAAUUCUGUUAUAACUGCAGUAAAUAACAUGACUCUGAAAGUCUGGAAUUCCUUCACUGGCCAACUCAUUCAUAUUCUGAUGGGACAUGAGGAUGAAGUGUUUGUACUUGAACCCCAUCCAUUUGAUCCAAGAGUUCUCUUCUCUGCUGGCCACGAUGGGAAUGUCAUCGUUUGGGAUCUGGCAAGAGGAGUCAAAAUCCGGUCUUACUUCAACAUGAUUGAAGGACAAGGACAUGGUGCAGUUUUUGACUGCAAGUGCUCUCCUGAUGGACAGCAUUUUGCAUGUACAGAUUCUCACGGUCACCUUCUGAUUUUUGGCUUUGGUUCCAGUAGCAAAUAUGACAAGAUAGCAGAUCAGAUGUUCUUUCAUAGUGAUUAUCGGCCCCUUAUCCGUGACGCCAACAACUUUGUCCUGGAUGAACAGACACAGCAGGCUCCACACCUUAUGCCUCCCCCCUUUUUGGUUGAUGUGGAUGGGAACCCUCAUCCCGCGAGGUAUCAGAGACUAGUUCCUGGUCGUGAGAACUGCAGGGAGGAACAGCUUAUUCCUCAGAUGGGAGUGACAUCUUCAGGGUUGAAUCAGGUUCUUAGUCAACAAGCAAAUCAAGAAGUCAGUCCAUUGGAUAGCAUGAUUCAAAGACUUCAACAAGAGCAGGACCAGAGACGUUCUGGGGAGGCAGGAACCAGUAGUGCCAGCCGGAUAAGCAGAGGGUCUGUAAGUUCUACCUCAGAAGUACAUUCACCACCAAAUAUCGGGUUAAGGCGCAGUGGACAAAUUGAAGGUGUCCGUCAGAUGCACAGCAACGCACCCAGAAGUGAAAUUGCCACUGAGAGGGACCUUGUGGCAUGGAGUCGAAGGGUUGUGGUGCCUGAACUGUCCUCUGGUGUGGCCAGUAGGCAGGAGGAGUGGAGAACAGCAAAGGGAGAAGAAGAAGUAAGGGUGUAUCGAUCAGAAGAGAAACGGAAACACAUAACGAGUCACAUUCAAAGGGAAAACAAAAUACCUGCAUUCUCUAAGAACCAUUCUCACGAUCAUUUACUAGACACCAGCGACUCAAAAAAGCAGCAAGCUAACCAGCACAACUACCGCACAAGAUAUGCAGUAGAAGAAACUGCAAGGCCUGCUGAAGAGUUAGAAAAUGGGCACAGUUCCUCAGAUGAAGGGGAAGUAGUUGUUGCCAGUGGUGGAACGUCAGAAGAUGAUGAAAGAGCAUGGCACAGUGAUGGCAGUUCUAGUGACUACUCUAGUGAUUAUUCUGACUGGACAGCAGAUGCAGGAAUCAACUUGCAACCACCAAAGAAAAUUCCUAAAAUUAAAACAAAGAAAGCAGAAAGUAGUUCAGAGGAUGAAGAAGGACAUGAAAAGCAAAAGAAGCAAAUUAAAAAGGAAAGGAAAAAAGGGAUUGAGGAGAAAGAUGGACCAUCAACAUCACCAAAGAAGAGGAAACCCAAAGAAAGAAAACAAAAGAGGCUGGCUGUGGGAGUUCUGGCAGAAAAUGGUUUGACACUGGAAGAAUGGCUGCCUUCAGCAUGGAUUACGGACACUGUUCCUCGUCGGUGCCCAUUUGUGCCGCAGAUGGGGGAUGAGGUGUACUACUUCCGACAAGGUCAUGAAGCCUAUGUUGUAAUGGCUAAGAAGAACAAAAUAUAUAGCAUCAAUCCCAAGAAACAACCAUGGCAUAAAAUGGAACUACGGGAGCAAGAGCUGAUGAAAAUAGUUGGGAUAAAGUAUGAAGUGGGAUUGCCUACUCUCUGCUGUCUCAAACUAGCUUUUCUUGACCCUGAUACGGGUAAACUAACUGGAGGAUCAUUCACCAUGAAGUACCAUGACAUGCCAGAUGUCAUAGAUUUCCUAGUUCUGAGGCAGCAGUUUGAUGAUGCAAAACACAGGCGAUGGAAUAUAGGUGAUCGUUUCAGGUCAGUGAUAGAUGAUGCUUGGUGGUUUGGAACAAUCGAAAGCCAGGAACCUCUUCAGCCUGAUUAUCCUGAUAGCUUAUUUCAGUGCUACAAUGUCUGCUGGGACAAUGGUGAUACUGAGAAGAUGAGCCCUUGGGACAUGGAGCUGAUACCAAGUAAUGCUGUAUUUCCAGAAGAACUGGGAACCAGUGUUCCUUUAACAGAUGAUGAACGCAGAACGCUGCUCUACAAGCCUCUGGAUGGAGAGUGGGGUUCCAGAACCCGAGACGAGGAGUGUGACAGAGUUAUUGCAGGGAUAAACCAGCUCAUGACUCUGGAUAUUGCUUCUGCAUUUGUGGCACCUGUGGAUCUUCAAGCUUACCCAAUGUAUUGCACUGUUGUGGCAUAUCCCACAGACCUCAGUACCAUUAAACAAAGACUGGAAAGCAGAUUUUACAGGCGCCUCUCCUCGUUGAUGUGGGAAGUCCGGUACAUAGAACACAACACUCGCACGUUCAAUGAACCUGGAAGCCCCAUUGUCAAAUCUGCCAAGUUUGUCACAGAUCUCCUCUUACACUUCAUAAAAGAUCAGAGUUGCUAUGACAUAAUUCCAUUAUACAAUGCAAUGAAGAAGAAAGUGUUGUCUGACUCUGAUGAGGAAGAAGAGAAAGAUACAAAUGUGCCAGGAACUUCCACUAGAAAAAGAAAGGACCAUCAGCCGAAGCGCCGGCUGCGGAACAGAGCUCAGUCCUAUGACAUUCAGUCGUGGAAGAAGCAAUGCCAGGAGCUGCUGAAUCUCAUUUUUCAGUGUGAAGACUCGGAACCAUUUCGCCAGCCAGUGGAUCUCCUGGAAUAUCCAGAUUAUAGAGAUAUUAUUGAUACUCCUAUGGAUUUUGCUACUGUUAGAGAAACACUGGAAGCUGGCAACUAUGAGUCACCAAUGGAGUUAUGUAAAGAUGUGAGACUUAUUUUCAGCAAUUCCAAGGCUUAUACACCCAGUAAAAGAUCGAGGAUCUACAGCAUGAGCCUGCGCCUCUCUGCUUUCUUCGAAGAGCACAUCAGCUCUAUUCUGUCAGAUUACAAAUCUGCCCUGCGCUUCCACAAAAGAAAUACAAUCAAGAAAAGAAGGAAAAAAAGAAGUAGAAGCAGCUCAGUUUCCAGUAGUGUUGCGUCCAGCCCUGAAAGGAAGAGGAGAUUAAUAAAGCCUCAGCUGAAAGCAGAAGCUUCUGCCGCCUCUUCCUCUUCUGCACCUGCACGGUCAACAGCACUGAGACAUGCUCCACCUCAGAUGAACGGGAAAGCAGCUGAGACCUCUUCCCUUGUGCGGACGAGAAGCAAUAGGGGGGUAACAGAUCUGGCUGUCACAGAGCAACCAUCCACUUCUUCAGGAGCAAAGCCUUUGACAAUAAAGCCUUUAAUUACAAAGCCUAAUACUACUGCAGGGGCAGGAAAGUCAGUACUGGAGAACUCAACCAAGCAUUCCAAGAACCAGAAUAUUGUAUCGAUCCCUACUCAAGCUGAUUUGAGUCACAACACUAGGAAUAACUCCACGAGAGAAAAUCCUGAGAAAGAGAAGCAAAUCAAGCGCAAAGUAAAAUCUUCCACUGUUAAUCAACAAGCAGAGUGCAAGAAUAACGCUUUGGCGUCGGGAAGCGUUCAGGUCAAUGGACAUGGAGGACAGCCUUCCAAACCUCCAGUGAAGAGAGGCCCUGGAAGGAAACCGAAGGUGGAGACUAAUAACAGUAGCUGUGAAGUGGUGCACAAGAAAAGAGGCAGAAAACCAAAAAAGCUACAGAUUGUGGAACAGCAAAAGGUUGCAGAGCAGAACACGAUCCAGACUGCAAGGGAUAUACCAGAAGAAGCCUCCGCUUCUACUGCAUGCAAUUCUCUUUCUGAAAAUAAUAUGAAGGAAGACUUGUUACAAAAAAAAGGCCGUGGGGGUAGAAAGCCAAAAAGGAAGAUCAAGACCCAUCAGCCAGGCUUGGACCUCUUAGCUCCUGCCAAUGUUAAAAUGCAGACAAGAAGCAGGAGGAAAAAGAUAGUUGAGCCUAUGGAGGCUGAAGGGUCUGAAGAGCUUAAAGAUUCUGAACCUCACAUGAGAACUAGAAAUCAGGGUAGGAGGACAGCCUUUUACAAUGAAGAUGACUCUGAGGAAGAGCAAAGGCAGCUAUUGUUUGAAGACACCUCCUUAACUUUUGGAACGUCUAGCAGAGGCAGAGUCCGAAAGUUGACUGAAAAAGCAAAAGCUAAUUUAAUCGGUUGGUAA